AUGGAUGCACAGCCCAGUAUGAAUAGGUGCGACUCGUAUUCUCCCGGGAAUUUUCUAUAUACUGAUCCUCUCUCUAGCUGGUUGGGUUCAAAUCAUGCAGGCGUCGAGCAGCCGCUGAGCAACCAUUAUCCGGGCUGGUCAUCGACAUCUGCGAGUCCCAGCAAUCAGCCAUCACCAGGUCGCCGAGAACAUGCCGUACAGCCACCGUUGUUGACAACAGCACUGAGCGGUCCUCAAUACCAGGGUCUUGGAGGUAGUCUUGGACUAACACCGACACCUUUAUCAUCGACCUCGCUGUCGAGCCCAUUUACUCACGGUCUAUCGCCCGCUGUUCCAUCUCCUAUUAACGGUAGAUCCGUUUCCGCGUCUUCGAUGGCGUCCAGAAACGCAUACAAUGUUCCUUAUAACCCCCAGGACUGGGGGCCUCCGGGCAGGUCCCAGGCGCAGGCCCCGUAUCUUCCGCCAGGCACUAUGCAGCGUGUGACACCGCAAAGAAAUAAUCCGGAUGUGUCGUUGUCUCCACCUCCUCCGCCGUACUCACCUCCCAACCAAAAUCGAAUGUCCCAGGACUUUUCCGGUCAGACAAACCCUAACUUUGCCGGAACACCUUCUCCACCUGACAAUAGGGAGAGUAGCUUUGAUAUGCCUACCCAGUAUCAAAGACGCUCAAAUCGGCCAAGGCCACUAUCCAUGGCUUACCCGUCUGACUCUCAGCGCCAGUCACUACCUCCUCCACCUCCCCCGCAGGGACACCCAGCUGGUAGAUCUGUUUCUCAAGGUCGAGUGGAGUACCAGGGCAUGCCCUAUAAUGACCAAGCUACGCAAUUUAAUACCGCUAGCCACAGGCCUCGGCUGGCACAGUAUGACCAAGGUCAAGCCUCGCCCGCCUUUAACGAGUAUAUGUCUGCAAGUGCUCAAUUCGAGACACCAUCCCGGCCCCCUGGAUCCCGAAGAGCCGCAUCUGCUGGGGCUGUGGUAAGCAGUGCAGGCUCAUCGAGGGCAGCGAGCCAGUCACGAACUCGAUCGCCGUCAAAUAGUAACUGGGAGCCCGGGAUGCCACUUCCGCCGCCACCUCCAGGGCCCCCUCCCGCUGCAAGGUCCAUCAGCGUGAGUGGCUCGUCCGAGUCAUCACUGAGAACAACCCAAAGCUCGAAUAGGACGACGAGAAGGGGACCUCCUGUGCUAGGAACAGGACUGGGAAGCAUCCCGCCUACGCCCGCUGACUGGAUAGACGAGGGAUAUUUGAACAGUCGACCAACGGAGGGUUUAUAUGUUGACACGGCAAAAGCUGCCAAGGCACCAGAGCCGACGGAUGGAGAUCCCCACGAUUUAUCUAAUCAAAGGACUCCUGGUAGUGGCGGUCUUUUCCGCAGCUCAGCAGUCCGCGAUCCCAGUGCCAAGGGCAUCCGUGAAAGACGAAUUGAACGACGAAACCGGCAAAGCCAGGUCUUUGAACCCCCAAGUGCGAUAUCGUCAAAUGGUAAUCCUUGGGCCGAUGCUCUCGAGCAGGUCAAACCGUCGAACCUGAUUCUACCAUCCCAGACCAAUAGCCCAACUCAAGAUCGGCAUCCCACCUCGGGCAACUACGACCAAGCCCUUCGCAGUACCAGCAGUAUUAAAUCGGAAGGACAGCCUACUGCCUCACGGCCUCGAGCAUCUUCCGGUGCUCUCCUUCGAGAAACAUCACCCUAUGGGACUCCUAGACAACAACCCAACUCUGCUGGUCCCUCGACUGCAUUUGCACAUACGCCUCCAUUUUCACCAAAUCCAAAUGGAGUGGGCCCGUCAACAUAUCCCAAAGAAGCUAUACAAGCAGUACCACCAAAAUCACUACCAACUCCGCCUCUGAACUCAGCAAAAGAGGUCCGGCCACGCUCACGCUCCCGUGCACCCUCCCGAGGAGCAGAAGACCGUCCAAUCUCUCACAUUCUCCACAUGCCUAACGAAGCUGUGUCGAUUAUGAAACCCUUGUCGCCGCGCCGAACGCCCGGACAGCAGACGGCGCAGGUGUCAAUGGAAUCGAUUCUUAGACAGGAUCCCGCUUUCCUACAGGAUGCGAUUCAAAGGCACAAGACCUUUAUUAAUAAAGAAGCAAGUGCCGAGGAUGAUACCGAAGCACUCAAGAUAUUUGCGGACUAUAUGCUUGCCGAAUCUCAGAUCCGGCGCCAGCGGUACUCCAAGGUCUGGGAAACCUUCCAAGUAGAAGAUGUCCGCCGCAAUCUUUUCGAGUUGCCGGUCCAGCAACCGCCAACGCCAAAGCCCCAUCCCAAAUUAGACAUCCCACAAAAUCGAGCAGGUCGACCGGAGUCUGCAUGGUGGAAUAACUACCAGCCUUGCCUAUCGCCGAUUGCCAGCCUCAACAUGAGCAACGAUGAGAGCUCUCGGGGCCGCGCACCAAGUCGCUGGUGGGAGUCGGCAACUGAAUCGAAGUACAUGGGAUUGCCUCGGGAGGCGAUGCACAUGGACCAGGAGUUGACUCCUUCUCAGCCCAAGGAUGUGAGGAUGAACUAUGGGAGUACGGAGUAUGGCUCUGAUGAGUACCCACCUGAGAAAGUCGGCUGGCAUGAAGGGUCUCCUGCAAAUUCUACUGGGACUGGAUAUCGCUAUGAAAGCCGCAAUUUAGAUAUCUCGCGGUUGAUCACCCUGCCUCCGCCUUAUCCCCGCCACCAUCCUGCUGUGAAUAACAGCCAUCCUGAUUUGGUUACCCAUCGAACUACGGUCCGGUCAAUUACUGAUCUCGCAGAGAUCAAAACCACUAGACAUCGAUAUAAGGCCGAUGUGGAACGAAUGCUUCAAGAGCACCAGCAACAAGUCGAUGAGGGUCAUCGCCACUUCAGAUCGAACAUCCAAAGCCAGAUUCAAGACGGCAGUCUGACCUUUGCGGAAGCAGCAGAGGCCGAGGCAGCAAUGAUUGCCGCAGAGAACGAGCGAGAAAGGGCAAUGAUCAAACGCCAGCUCGACACAUACCAAGAAACCGUGCUCAAACCAAUGCACGCCAUUCUCGUCGACAGAAUCGGCAGAGCCACAGCUUGCAUCGACCAGCUGAGCAGCAUGCUCUCGGACGAUGCACAGAGCGGGACACCCGAUCAAACCCAGGAAGAAGGCGACGAGAAGCCCGAGCUCCUAGAGAAACUGACGCAACUAAAAUGGCUCUUUGAAGCCCGCGAGCAGCUCCACCGCGAGUCAUUCGACCUGAUCAGCGACCGCGACGACAAAUACAAGGCCGUCGCCCUUCUCCCUUACAAGCAGACCAAAAACGAGGACAAGCUACGUGAGACGCAAGCUUUCUUCGCGCAGGACGCACUAGACCGCCGCGUACAGUACGAAAACGAGGCGCUAACGCGACUUGAGGCUUUCCUGGACGUCAUCGAGCAGAACGUCAUGCGAGGUGUCGAGGUGCAGCUCUCCGCCUUCUGGGAUAUCGCCCCGUCCCUCCUGGCUCUUGUGCAACAGGCGCCUGAUGACCUGCGCGGCUUCCAGGUGCAAAUCCCCGCGGACGAAUACGAGGAAAACCCGAGCUACCAUGAGCAUCCGCUGCAGUACUUGUAUACACUGCUGUCACAUGCGGAGAGAUCGAGCUACCAGUUCAUUGAGUCGCAGACGAACCUACUGUGUCUCUUGCAUGAGGUGCGAUCUGCCGUUAUGCGGGCUAGUCAGAAGCUUAUGGAAGCGCAACGUAUCAAGCGUGGGGAGGCGGAGGAGGAUGUUCGUCGUGAAAUGCAUCAGACUCGUGCUGAUGAAGAGCUGGCCCUUACGACUGAUCUUAAGGAUAAAGUUGCUACCGUUGAGGGUCAGUGGACUGAGGCGCUGGGGAGCCAGAUCGAGGGGUUGAGAGAACGAGUUAAGAAACAGCUUAUGAGUGAAGAUGGCUGGGAGCAAUUGGAACAAUUGGAGGAAUAG